AUGCAUCACAAUAAAUUUUUAGUUAACAGACCAAAAAAUUUUCAGGCUAAAUCACAUUUAACUAUAAGUAAUAAAUGGGCAGAUAUUGUUCGAUGUUAUGGAUUGACACAAAAUCCAUCAAAUGGAAAUUAUAUGCUUGUAAUGACAAAAAGGGAUAUAGAUUUAAGAAAUUAUUUACAACAAAAUCAUAAUCAACUUACAUGGAAAGAAAGAAUUAAUAUUGCUUCUGAAAUAAUUCUUGCACUUUUUUAUAUUCAUUUUGAGAAUGCAGUUCAUAGAGAUUUGCAUUCUGGAAAUAUAUUAUAUUUCCAAAUUAAUAAUAAUUGGUGCAUUAGUGAUCUUGGAUUUUGUGGACCUGCUGAUAAACCAUCAAAAAGUAUAUAUGGAAAUCUUCCUUACAUAGCGCCUGAAGUUAUUGUUGGAAGAGAAUAUACUUUUGCAUCUGAUAUUUAUAGUAUUGCAAUACUUAUGUGGGAAAUUUCAUCUGGACAACCACCAUUUAUAAAUUAUGAACAUGAAAAUGAUAUUGUAAUGAAUAUUAUUAAUGGUAUACGACCAAAAAUUGUGCCAGGAACUCCAUUAGAAUAUAAAAAUUUAAUGGUACAAUGUUGGGAUGCUGAUCCAUUAAAAAGGCCUGAUGUUAAUGUACUUAAUAAAAAAAUGCAGAAAAUUAAUUUAUAUUAUCAAAAUAUGCCAGAUGAAUUAUUCCAAUCAGAAAUAAAUAAUUUAGAAAUGAAUAAAGUAGAAGAAAAUUAUGCGAGUGAUAGUGAAAAAUUACCCAAAGAAUUUAUAAAUUUGCAAAUAAAUUCAAAUAAUGAUGAAAAAGAAAUAAUUCAACAAAAAUCAAAAAGACAAAAUAUUGGUGAUAUUGACGAUGAUGACGAUGUAUAUAAUGAUCCAAACCUUCAUUCAAAAGAACAAGAUGAUCUGGAAAUUCCUGAUGUAUUUAUCUAUUCAUUAGACGGAUUUUAAAUUUUCCUUUGGCAAUAAGUUAACGAUAUCAUUAUUAUAUUUGAAGAUUUUAUCAUUUAUUUAUAUUUUAUCUUGAAUUAUUUAAACACUAAGACUAGAGUAGUAAAAUAAUAUUUUACAAGAUUCUUAGUUUGUAAUUUAAAUAAUUAUAUAAU